CAUCUCAAGUCACGUGAGUGUGUUGUAUGUACGAAUGACAUAUUGUAAGGUUAUGUUCCUACUUGGUAUGAAUCAUUGAAUUAUGAUGUGGAAUUAAUGUCAUUGCUUUAUUUAUUACUAUUUUAUAAAAUUAAAGGAAUAGUUAAAACUUUCUUCUUACAAUGCAGACCAAUCGAGAUGCAUCAAUCAACGAUUACACAGAGAUAGUCCAGCGUCUUCCUAUUAGCUUAAGAUUAGCCUACGGAGUAGGACAUGUUUUAAAUGAUAUUUGCGCUUCCAUGUGGUUUACAUAUUUAUUAGUGUAUUUUCAUUAUGUAUUGGGAUUUAGUGCUACUCUUUCAGGAGUAUUAUUACUUAUCGGUCAAAUAGCUGAUGCGUUAGCUACUCCAUUUGUUGGCUUACAUUCGGAUAAAAAUGAUGAUUUUUGGCUUUGUAAAUAUGGCAGAAGAAAGACAUGGCAUUUGUUAGGAACCAUUUGCGUGUUCUGUACAUUCCCAUUUAUAUUUUCUCCGUGCAUUAAUUGCGAGAAUGCACAUCAGUGGGCACAAUUAAUAUAUUAUGCUGCUUUUAUUAUAAUAUUUCAGUUUGGUUGGGCAUCAGUACAAAUUUCACAUUUAUCUUUGGUCGCUGAACUAACACCGACUGAACACGAAAGAACGGAAUUGAUAGCUAUUAGAUAUAGUUUUACGGUAUCCUCAAAUAUUCUUGUAUAUUGCACAACAUGGGCAUUAUUGCAUAUAACGAACAAUAAUGCUCCUGAUGCUCAAAUUGGACCUGGAGAUGCUAAUAAAUUUCAAACUAUUAUAUUAUGCGUAACAGGAAUUGGACUUUUUACUUCUCUUAUAUUUCAUAUUUUUGUUAAGGAAGGAAAUAUCAAUAAUUCGGAUGGUUCCUUGCGUUGUAAUACGAGACCUAUAUCAGUAUUAUUAAAAAAUAUACAAUUAUAUCAAGCGGCAUGCAUUUACAUGCCAACACGAUUAUUUGUAAAUUUGUCACAAAUUUAUAUACCUUUAUAUUUACACGAAUAUUUAAAUAUGCCAGCUACGUUAUUAGCUAUUAUACCAUUAACUAUGUUUAUUAGUAGUUUUGUAACAUCCUUAAUUAUAGAAAGAUUAAAUACUAAAUUAGGAAGAAAAAUAUCAUAUUGUAUUGGCAUAUUGUUUGGUCUUUUGGCUUGUAUAUGGAUACGAUUUGGAAAUGGUUAUACAUAUACAAAUUAUCAAAUUUAUCCGGUAUCCAUUUUGCUAGGUUCUGCUGGAUCGAUCAUACUAGUAACCAGUUUAGGAAUUACUGCUGACUUUAUAGGUCAAAAUACGGAUAGUGGAGCAUUCAUAUAUGGAUUUAUGAGUUUUACUGAUAAACUUGGCAACGGACUAGCAGUAAUGCUUAUACAAUAUUUACGUAAAUUUAUCGUUACUACCGAUUAUUAUAGAAACAUACUUUCAUAUGUUUGCGGUGGUUCUGCUAUCUGUGGUCUUUUAAUGAUAUUGUAUAUAAAACCGUUUCCAUCUUACACGGAUUACAGUACUGUAAACACGGAUGGAACUACAGAAACUGUUGAUUCAAAUUCAUCUAUUGUUUUUUCUGUUAAUGAUAGAAUAGAUACAUUCCCAACAAGACAAGAGCACGUUACUUAAUCGUUGAUAAUACAAAAAUGUAUAUAAUGGCAGUGUGUAUGUUUUAAUGGGUUAUUGCAGUGUAUAAAAAAAGAAAAGAAGAAGAAAAUCCAAAAAAUAAUAUA